AUGGCACCAAAAGGGAGGGAAGAUGGCUUGGAGAUGAAGCGCCGAAGGAGUUACCCGACAGUCCCCAACAAGAAGCCUUGUUUGGAGGAUCCCGCAAGUCUGGUCAGACCGUCCAGACAUGCAUGCCUGGCAAACUUGGAAGAGGCAGUGGACAAGCUCUUGGAUGUGUCGGAGAGUGGCCGGGAGUUGCUGCGACUGCUUGUCAAGGGCAGCCUGUGCAGCCCUCCUCAGGAGCGCCACAAGAUCCAAGUGGCGGGUGCGCAGUUAGCAGCGGAGGCUUUCCAGAGCGGAAAGGAGGCACUCCAGUUUGAGUGUGAAGAAGCUGCAACAGAGGCGGAGAAGUAUCGAGACAUGGUCCAGGCCAAAGCCAAAGAUCUGAAGGACACCAAGAAGGAAUUUGUUGCGGCGGCAGCGGCGUUCCGGUCUGCCAAGGCAGUCUUCUUGGAGGAUAACAAAAGCCUGCAGAUAGCACGCAAGACCUUGGAUCAGGCCACGGAGGAGCUUACAAACCAUCGUUCUGCGCUGAAGGAGGUGACGGGCAGCAAGGAAGAGCUGGAGCUGGCCGUCCACAGGCACAUGCCGGCCAUCCUGAAUGGGAGCUGCGAACUUCAGCUCCAUGCAGAUGCUGUCGGACCUCUCCUCGCUCGGAUUCCUGAAGAGUCUCUCAAGAAUGCAGCCGCUUCCUCGCUCAAGCUGGAGCCAGAGAAGCGUGGAGCCUUCGACAACGCUGUGCUGCAGCAGCUGAACUCGACAUUCUCCAAGCUGUUGGAGGCAGUGCCAUCAGCAGAAGAGGAGCAGUUGGAAGUCGAGGAGGCUGAAAAGGUGGAAGCCACGGCUUCCUUGGCCUUUGCCGAGGCCAGGCGCCAGCAAGCCCAAAGUGCGCAUGCCCUUCGGCUGGCGGAGCUGGACCUUCGACAAGCCCAGGGCCAUGAAGGCCAGGCUGCAGAGCUCUUGAAAGAGGCGGAGCAGGAGCUGGCAUGUGGGGAACGCCAGCUGGAGGCGGCCCGGGACAGCCUGAGGGAGUUCCAGAGCGGACCGAUGGCAUCCCUGAAGGUCUUGGAAGAAGACCCAAAGGAUGUGGUCCCAGAAAGCCCAAAGGUCAAGCAGGCGAGUGAGCCCAUCUCAGCACAAGCCCGGGUCUCACUGGCAGAGGGGCUACCAGCAACCGCUUUCACAUUGCAGGUGAGCAAGCUCUGCGAUUGCCGCAUGCCAGCUCACAAGCUUGGGGGGCGGAGGCAACGGUGCCUGAAGAUUGCUCACAUUCUGUUGAUGCUUCGCUGCAAAGCUGCAAUAGGCAGAGGCUGGCACUGGCAGAAGCUGCCGCCCACAGUUGCACGAGAGGUCAGCCGCGUGCUCCUCCGGCUCAUGCGGCGCUUGUUGUGCAGGAGAUCCGAGGCUAUGGAUGCCGAUCUGGCCGAGCAGCAGCUGACACAGUGGCUAUGGGAAUGGCUGGACUUAACACAAGAUGAUCGACUCUCCCUCACUGCUACUGCUGUCAAAGGCUUUGCCGGCUUGCCCUUGCAAGUGCAGGCACGACACUUGGCCUUGCUGAUCGACAUUAAGCUAGCAACCUUUCGAAUGGAGCAGGAUGUUGCUGAAGAUGCGACCGAGGCAAAUGAUAUUGAGAGAUGUGCCAGAGGUGUCCGUGUAUAUCAACUCCUGCUCGCUGCCUUGACACCGCUAGCAGAUGACGAACUGGAUAGCAUUGGCCAGGCAGCGGUCGGCGAAUUUCAGGCUCUAGUGUCGCCUUUGGGUAUGGCAAGGGUGGUGCUACGCUUGUCUCCUUACAGGCGCAGGCAGCUGACGCACAUCCUGGUGCGCGACGAGAUCAUGGAAGAAUUGUCAGCACUCAGGCUCGGACGAGCUCUGACAGCGCUGGAUUCGAUGCUUGGCACCGAAACUUUGGACGCUGUGCUGACCGGCAUGGAUGCAGCCGUCAGUGUGGGAAGCGGUGUCCUGGGCGUGGGCUCUGGCAUCCUGGCAGCAGGUGCAAACGUGUUGGACUCCCUCGGAACGCUUGGCAAUGCCAGCAUGGACCUGGGCAUCUACCCGGCUCUUUUUCCGCUCGCGGACGAAGGACCCACGCAAGAGACGGCGACGGUGCCUGCGAUGUCUGAGCCUCACGCUGAACUCUCUCGUGCUGACGCAUGCGUGGCAAGCGGGCCCACAGAUCAGCACGACUUCCUGUGA